GUUUUUGUGUUUAUUAAUUCAGUCCUAGUGACGUCAUUAUGACCGAAUUCUCCACCCAGUAAAAUUUUGCAAAUCACAUUAUUUGGCAAGCAAUGGAAAAGGAGACGGGAGCUAUCAAAUACGAUCCAAACCAGGAGAUAGUACAGAUGCGAGCACAAUGGAAGAAAGCUGACAAUUGUAAGAAACAGUGGGUCGAACGAUGGAGUUGGUUUCUUGACGAACAGAGGGAGUUGCAAAGCGAAAUGAACAAGAUAGAACAAGAGCUCGGGGCAACUCUACCAGUUCGUGAGACCGAGGAAAAACCCAAGAAGCCCAGCUUGAAACCCGUGCCUGUCACCUCUACUGGCGUCAUCGGAUGGUUGGCUGCUAAGCCGGAUUGUAACCUAGAGACUUAUACGUCCUGGAUAAACAAGCCACCCAUACGUCUGCCAGACGCCUGGGACUACAAGGACUUCGUCGGACAGAGUAAACCACAGUAACAUUUAAAAAUAAAUUAGCCAAUUAGCUUCGAAAACCAAAUCCUUGAGAUACAAUAUAACAAGUAUUCAACUUGAAAACUACAACAAA